AUGUCUAAAGGCGGGAGUGGACUGUGUUUACAGCCAGACACCGACCACGGGCCUAGGAAUGGGAGCAGCACAUCGUGGCUCGAACAAGGCCUAGCCCGGCCGAUUUAUCAGGGCGGCCCAUUCCUAGGAGCCGACUUGGGUGACCUAGUAGGUCAGUUCUCUGGCAUAAAUGAGAGCGGAGUCGUCGCCAACUUCAACGGCUGGGAUGCAAACCUCCAGCCAUUUUCACCAAAUUUGUUCAGCUCCUUGGCAGCAACAGUCGCGCCAAACACGGGUCUAAUUUCCACUGCUCCGUCGACAAUCGAUGGCGGCCAUGACAGUGAUGAAAUCGAGGACAACAGAGACCCGGCUGACGCCAUAUCCUCGCAGCUGACGUCCUUGGGUCAAAGAGCCAGGCGGGCCACGCGACGUCUUGUCCUUCCGGACCGUACGCCCCUGACCGUAUCGUCGCCUGAGGUGAACGAGGCACUGGAGGACACUAAUACCCUAAUACGCAUCAUGAAUAAGAUCACUGCGUCAGAUUGUGCCGACAUUACCCUCCACCCGACUACAACCGAUUACUCGCUGGCAUUUUCAGCACUCGCCUGCCACCAACAUCUUGUGGCCCUGUUUCGGGCCAUCUGCGACUCCAUCGAUCGGUGCUUACAGUCCCAAAAGGAACCAAGGCAACGACACCAUCGGACGGGACAAAGCCGCGAUGUAGGGCCAUCCUCAGUGGCCCAGUUUGUCAUGGUGCUUCAGCUGCUAAUGCACCUUAUCAACCGCAUCGACCGGAGCCUGUUUCAAAGUAACCCAUCAAUGCGCCAUGGCAAAAGUGGACCCACCGGCAAUCAUCUCGCCCCCGUCACACCGAACACAGCCAAUUACAAUACUCCAGAUCCCACGCGGCUCGAGGCAGCAGCAGGAAGCUCAGUACCACCUGGGGGCCUUCUCGUUCUUGUGAAAGACAUUGUGGAGACAAUACCAAACGAGCACGAGAAGCUAAGACAAGUGAUCCAGAAGUUACAGACAGAGAUGGAACACUCGGAGCUUCACUGA